GAAUAAAAAAAAAUGAAUUUUCAUUUUAACUUUAAGUAGUGGAAGAAAGAGUAAAGUGAAGUGAGUGAGUGUGUGUAACUGUGUGAGAAAACAGACCAAAAUCCCACAUUGAUUCAACUACCGUCCCAAUGUCUUCCUUCCUCCGCCACCACCACCACUCUUUUCUUUAAUCUCCACCACAACCUCCUCCUCCGCCGCGCCGACCAUCUUUUUUUUUAAUUAAUUCUUAAAAUGGGUUGCACGGCGUCGAAGCUGGACAACGAGGACACAGUGCGGCGGUGCAAGGAGCGGCGCCACCUCAUGAAGGAAGCCGUCUUCGCCCGCCACCACCUCGCCGCCGCCCACUCCGACUACUGCCGCUCCCUCCGCAUCACCGGCUCCGCCCACGUCACCUUCGCCUCCGGAGAACCCCUCUCCGUCUCCCAACACUCCCCCGCCGUCCUCCUCCGCACCCACUCGUCCGACGACAGUGCAGGACAACUAGAAGCUUGGAGCCCGGAUUCAACCCAUUUCAAGGACAACGAUUCCGACACCGAUCGCUACACCGACAACGAAAUCGACGACAAAUCCUCCACCUUCACCUCCUACUCCAAUCCCCCAAAUCAGGGGAACAAUCCACCACAUCGGAAUCCUCUAGGCAAAGACUUCGAUGACCGGGCGUCGAAUUACUCGUCCUAUUCGCGCAAUUCCGAUAAUAAUAAUAAUAAUAACAAUCACCCGAAAAAUCACAAGAAGGGGCAGAAUUUGAAACGAUGGGAGAGCGAAGACGAGGACGAAGAGGAGGACGGAGAAACGGAGAGGGAAGAAGUGCAGUGCAGCGAAUGGGGUGACCACGAUCGCUAUAGCAGCUCGACGAGCUCCUCGGAUGAGGGCGAAACCGAGGAUUUGAAGUCGAGAUCUGAUUUCGGGCCGCGGUCGAAUUUCGGUGGGUCGAUGAAGAACGAGGCGAAUGCGGCUGCGGCUAAUGCGAAUGUGAAUCGUGAUUUCUCGAGUAAAUCGGAGAAGCUGUCUUCGGAGGACGACGGGAAGUCGUCGGUGAGCUGGGGAGAUGGUGGGAGUACUCAGAAGGAGAAUUCCGACCGCAGGAUGGUAGUGAGGCACCGCGAUUUGGCCGAGAUUGUGGCGGCGAUCAAGGAGUAUUUCGAUAAGGCCGCUUCCGCCGGAGAGCAGGUCUCCGAGAUUCUUGAAACGGGCCGGGCUCAGGUCGAUCGGAGCUUCAAGCAGUUGCGUAAAACGGUGUAUCAUUCGAGUGGAAUGUUGAGUAGCUUGAGCUCAAGCUGGACAUCGAAGCCUCCUUUGGCAGUAAAAUACCGAUUCGAGCCGAGUUCGAUCGAGCAAUCGGGUGGUAAGAGCCUCAGUUCCACUUUGGAACGGCUCCUGGCAUGGGAAAAGAAACUAUAUCAAGAAGUUAAGGCAAGAGAAGGAGUGAAAAUCGAGCACGACAGAAAGCUGUCUUCGCUUCAAAGUCAAGAGUACCGUGGAGAAGAGGAAGCCAAGGUGGACAAGACGAAGGCAUCGAUAACGAGGCUUCAGUCUCUUAUCGUGGUGACUUCUCAGGCUGUGUCGACUACCUCGUCUGCUAUUAUCGGUCUACGAGACUCUGAUCUUGUACCGCAGCUCGUCGAACUUUGUCACGGGUUCAUGUACAUGUGGAGAUCGAUGAACCAAUUCCACGAAGUCCAAAACGACAUAGUCCAACAAGUCCGAGGCCUAGUCAGCCACACCGCCACCAAGUCCGAACUAACCUCCGAUCUCCACCGCCAAGCCACCCGUGACCUUGAGUCCGCCAUCACCGCCUGGCACUCCAGCUUCUGCCGCCUCAUCAAAUUCCAACGCGGCUUCCUCCAAUCCCUCCACUCCUGGUUCAAACUAACCCUAAUCCCCAUCCAUUCCACCACCACCGAACAACAACAGCCCGUCGAAGACCGCCAGCUGUCCAACGUGUUCACCUUCUGCGACGAGUGGAAACUCGCCCUCGACAGAAUCCCAGACACAGUCGCGUCCGAAGCCAUAAAGAGCUUCAUCAACGUCGUCCACUCGAUAUCGCUAAAACAAUCCGAAGAAAUCAAGAUCAAGAAACGCGCAGAGACCGCGUCGAAGGAGCUCGAGAGGAAGGCAUCUUCUUUGAGGACCAUCGAGAAGAAGUACUACCACUCGUAUUCCAUGGUCGGGAUCGGGCUGCCAGACGGCGGCGGUUCCCACGAGGGCCAUGCUCUGGACUCGCGGGACCCGCUGGCGGAUAAGAAGGCGGAGCUCUCGAACUGCCAGAGGCGCGUGGAGGACGAAAUGGUGAAACACUCGAGGGCUGUCGAGGUUACUAGAGCCAUGACUCUGAAUAAUAUCCAGACGGGCCUGCCUGGAGUUUUUCAGGCUAUGACGAGCUUUUCGAACUUGAUGACCGAAGCUCUCGAGACUGUGUGCACGCGAUCGUACGCUAUUUAAUGUGAACUUGAAUUUUUUUUUUUUUUCUCAUUUAAGUUAGAAAUAGGAAAUUGCAUGAGGCAAAUUUUCAUUUGUUGUGGCUAUAAUUUGGGAUAUGGAAUUGGGGAAUAUUUGAAAUUUUGUACCCUUUUCAGAAUCCCCCCUUUGUUUUGGGGGGGGGGGGGGUGUGGGUGUUUGUGUACAUAAUAAAACUAUAAAAGUGCUUGUGUUGUUGUAUCUAUAAAUCUCUUAUUUUUGGUAUUUAUUUCUAAGCUGUGUAGAUUUUUUUUU